GAAGUAGGCCAAGGAGAGAAAGGAAAGAUGCAGAUAUUUGUGAAAACCCUAACUGGGAAGACUAUUACUCUCGAGGUUGAGAGUAGUUACACAGUUGACAAUGUCAAGGCCAAAAUCCAAGACAAGGAAGGAAUUCCGCCGGAACAACAGAGGUUGAUUUUUGCUGGAAAGCAACUUGAAGAUAGCCGUACCUUAGCUAGUUACGAUAUCCAGAAAGAAUCCACACUUCAUCUAGUCUUAAGGCUUAGGGGAGGAAAAGGAGCUCCUAGCAUGAAAAUUGAGCCCUCCCUGAGGGAACUAGCUCGUAAAUUCAAUCAAUACAAGCUGAUUUGCCGCAGAUGUUAUUCUCGUCUGCCUCCCCGAGCUAAGAACUGCAGGAAGAAGAAGUGUGGCCAUAGCAAUGAGCUGAGGCCUAAGAAGUUACCCCAGGGCUAAUUGCAUAAGAUUGUUUCGAAAUUCAAGCCUUCUAGUUUCCACAGUAAAAUACCCCAAUCGAGAUGCCUGCUUGCUGCUGAGCAUUAAUAACACUCAAACCUGUUAUGGAUUGAAAUUUAGUUGUUUAUCUAUGUACUUUUGCGAUCUAGCUACAUGAAAGUGGAUCUAAUUGAAAAUAUUUAGUAUACAUUGAGGACGAAA